AAACAGACGGACUCUGUUAGACCGACUGGACACUUCUGGUUCUGGUUCUGUUACCAAGUCUGGAUGAUGGUGGAAGGAACAUUUAAAGGAGCUGUGGUUCUGCUGCUGUUGGUGCUGCCCAGCUGUGUGGCUCAGGAUGUUUUUCUCAACGGCCAGCAGGCAUCGCAGGUUUUGGUUCGAAAUCGGCGAGCAAAUAGUUUGUUCGAGGAGAUGAAACCAGGAAACCUGGAGAGGGAAUGUGUGGAAGAAAUAUGCGACGCUGAAGAAGCCAGAGAGGUGUUUGAGCAGAAAGACAAAACUGAUAAAUUUUGGACAAAGUAUCUUGGCUGUAAAGGAAGUAAAAUGGUUCGAACAAAAGAAAACAUCAACAUCGUCAGACAUUGCAUAGAAGGUCACUGCAUCAUGGGAAAUGGGAUCAACUAUGAAGGAAAGAUCAACAUCACAAACACAGGGAAAGUAUGUCAACAAUGGAGUUCCAGUUACCCUCAUCCUAUCCACAGGGAGUUUAAUGCCUCUGCACCGAACAGUAAGCUGCUGGAGAACUUCUGUAGGAACCCUAACAACCGCCCAGAAGGACCGUGGUGCUUCACCACAGAUCCAACGGUCCAGAAGGAAACCUGCAAUGUUCCCAAAUGUGGUGAGGCAUUCGUUCCAACAACUGUAGCUCCAAAGGUGGUCGUACCCUCAGUGUGUGUUUCUAAUUACGGUGUUGACUACACUGGUGACCUGAGUGUUACCAUGGGUCGGCACACCUGUCUGCUGUGGUCUUCACCAGAAGCCAAAGCCCUCAGCCAAGACAAAGACUUUAUGCCUGAGGUGACUUUGCUGGGCAACAAGUGCCGGAACCCAGACAAUGACCCAGAGGGUCCCUGGUGUUAUGUGAACAUUGCUGGAAAUGUAACGAUUGAUUACUGCGACCUGGAGCUGUGUGAGGAUCCACUCAUUGGUGGAGACGAGCUGACGAACACUCAGGAAAGGGAGCGGUCGGUUUUAGGCUCUGGCAGGAAACUGUUCUUCAGUUCUCGAACAUUUGGACAAGGAGAAAGUGAUUGUGGCCUGCGUCCCCUUUUCGAAAAGACAAACAAAAAGGAUAAGACUGAGGAUGAGCUGUUGGAGUCCUACAGAGAUAAACGGAUCGUUGGAGGGAAAGAUGCUGAGGUGGCCUCAGCACCAUGGCAGGUGAUGCUGUAUAAACGUAGCCCACAGGAGCUUCUGUGUGGAGCCAGUCUGCUCAGUGAUCAGUGGAUCCUGACUGCAGCUCACUGCAUCCUCUAUCCGCCCUGGAAUAAAAACUUUACCUCCAAUGACAUCCUGGUUCGUCUGGGGAAACACAACCGAGCCCAGUUUGAGCGCGGAAUUGAGAAGAUUGUUGCAAUUGACGAUAUCAUCGUCCAUCCCAAAUACAACUGGAAAGAAAAUCUGAACCGGGACAUCGCUCUGCUGCACUUGAGACGACCCGUCACUUUCACUGACCAGAUCCAUCCUGUCUGCCUGCCGAGUAAGCAGGUCGCCAGGACUCUGAUGUCUGAAGGUUUUAAAGGCMGAGUGACGGGCUGGGGGAACCUGCAGGAGACCUGGAACCCCGCGGCCAGAAAUUUACCCACAGUUCUCCAACAGAUCCACCUUCCAAUUGUGGAUCAGGACGUCUGUCGCAAGUCUACAUCAGUCAGAAUAACAGACAACAUGUUUUGUGCAGGUUUUAAACCAGAUGAAAACGAACGUGGUGAUGCCUGCGAGGGCGACAGUGGAGGACCAUUUGUCAUGAAAUACCCAGCUGAGAACCGCUGGUACCAGAUUGGUAUUGUGUCCUGGGGUGAAGGAUGUGACCGCGAUGCAAAGUAUGGCUUCUACACCCACUUGUUCAGGAUGUCCAGGUGGAUCCAGAAAGUUAUCGACAAGUCAGGAGACGACGACACAAACUCCGAUUAAAUCCCAGUUACUUCCUGCUUUACCGGUAGAUGAAUAAAUGAUGCUAAUAAAGUUUGUCCAAAAUAAA